CCCGGGGGUCUACACCAUCCCGGACCCGCCUCUCCCCUGAAGGCGACACCCCGUUAGGCGAGGCCGGGGGCGCGGGCGUCCCCCUCUUCUGGUCCAAAGCAUCCUCGGCCCGUGCUGACCUGCCGGACCCCACAGCCGAGACAUCCCCCUCCCCCCCAAACCGAUCGAUCCGCAGCCCCGGCGCCCCCCGCCCAUUCGGCUCCCCAACAGGCCCCGAGCUGCCCUUCCAACGCAACAGGGCAGCUGGAGGGUGCAGAAAUAGGGGUAGAGCGUGCCCACCUUUCACGGGUCCUCCAGUGGAUGACUCCGAAGCCGGCCUGCUGGGUGUCCUGGGAAAAGCCGCACUCCCUCUCUGGGCCUCCUGCUGAGUGGCCUGGGGCGAGUCCCACUCCCUCUCCGGGCCUCCUGGAAGAAGACUCCUCUGGAGGUGAUGAGCUGCGAACGGCCCCUGGCAGAACUGAGCAGGAUUUAGACACACAAACUGUCUCUUCCCAGACAUGCGAGGGGACCCCCGACCUCCAUUUCGCCUCCCGAGGAAUAAGGUCACGUCCAGGGUACCGCGCUAGCUGAAGUGAAAGCCCAGCAGGUCAGAAAUGAGUCCCAAAAAGCCCAGGAGGAAGCGCCUGCCCCCCAACCUCAUGCCGAACCAGCCCGAGAGGAGAAUCUUCCCUCCGAUCCAGCAGACGUCACCCAAACAGCUGCGGCCGAACAGGUCCUGGCAGAAGAAGUUCAACACGAGCGUGGGCUCCUUCCCGCCCCUGGACUCGUCGGGGAAGGCCAGCGUGAGCGGUUCCGGGAAGUGCCGGGCCCGGGCCGCCCCCCUCCCCCGGGGCCACGGCCAGAGCCCACGGGGCGCCGCCACCUUCCUCCUCCGGAGCCACGGCCAGAGCCUGCGGGGUGCCCCCUCCCCGACCCACCAGGGACAUAGAGUGCAGAGCGGUCAGCUGCUCUCUCACCUCAAGAUGGUGGAAAGCCUUCCCAGGCCCAGCCCCCAAAACCAGGCAUACAAGCCGGACAAGACCACUCACAGGCCCAGACCCCACAAGGUGCCUCUGACUGGGACAGAGGCACUGAAAUACUUCAGACACCAGCUGUCGGCCUACGAGCGCGUGGAGGUGCUGAGCUAUCAGGAGCUGUGGUUCCUGGGGCUGGGGGCUGACAAACUGCACGUGCUCCCCGACAAGCCCCGGAAGGUCAGCUAUGACGAUGAGCACGGAUCUUACUUGAGGGUCCUGCACGACCACAUCGCUUACCGCUACGAGGUCCUGGAGAUGAUCGGCAAAGGGGCCUUCGGGCAGGUGGCCAAAUGUCUGGAUCACAAGAACGACGAGCUGGUGGCCAUGAAGAUCGUCCGAAACAAAAAGAGAUUCCACCACCAGGCUCUGACGGAGCUGAAGAUCCUGGACGCUCUGCGCCGCAGGGAUCGGGACCACAAGGGCAGCAUGGUGCACAUGAAGGACCAUUUCUACUUCCGCAACCACCUGUGCAUCACCUUUGAGCUGCUGGGUAUCAAUUUAUAUGAGCUGCUGAGAAACAACGGAUUCCAGGGCCUCAGCCUCGCUGUGAUUCGCCGCUUCACCUACUCAGUCCUCAAGUGUCUGCAAGUGCUGUACAUGGAGAAAAUCAUUCACUGCGACCUGAAGCCCGAGAACAUAGUCCUCUACCAGAAAGGCCAAAUCUCCGUCAAAGUCAUUGACUUCGGGUCGAGCUGCUACGAACAUCAGAGAGUGCACACUUACAUCCAGAGCCGCUUCUACCGGUCCCCGGAGGUGAUCCUCGGCCGCCCCUACGACACGGCCAUCGACAUGUGGAGCCUGGGCUGCAUCCUGGCCGAGCUCAACACCGGCUCCCCGCUGUUCGCCGGCGAGAACGAGCUGGAGCAGCUGGCCUGCAUCAUGGAGGUUCUGGGUCUCCCCCCAGUCCACUUCAUUCAGACUUCGUCCAGGAAGCAGACGUUCUUCGAUUCAGAAGGGUUUCCAAAACACAUAACCAACCACAAAGGCAUAACCCACUACCCGGACUCCAAGAAUCUCGCCACGCUGCUCAAGACCUACGAUACGGAUUUCCUGGGCUUCCUGCAGGGCUGUCUGAUAUGGGACCCGAGCCUGCGUAUGACCCCGGAGCAGGCCCUCCGGCACGCCUGGAUCCUGACGCCGAAGACACACAAGGCCAGGCCCAGCCUCCACCCCUCGAGGAAGACCAGCCUCCCCAUGUCCACGGCGGUCAAGGGGAGGGCUGGGAGAGCGGUCAGGACCCCCCAUCACGAGACCCCAGGCGUGGAGGAAUCGCCAGCCCUCACCCCGGCUCCUGCCGGCAACGAGAUGGACACCUCGCGGCUGCCCAGACCCUGGCCCCCUCAGCCCGAGGAGACCGCCGACGAGCCGGCGGGCCAGGGGGGAAGCAGCCUCAGGUCCUCUUCCUUGGACACGCCAGACUUACUGCCGCCCAUUCUAUGACCCCCCCGCCCCAUUCUCCCACGACCACUGACCUGUCCCCUCCAUUCUCACCGCCCGGCUCACCCCAGAGAGGCGUUUUAGUCUGAACUGCUACAUUAAACGCAUGGCCCCCUCCGGC